GGCCAAUGGGAAAAGACCACGAUCUUGAAGCUUAGUGAGGUUUUGUUUAUCAGGAGUUGAGUUACUUUGUCAAAAGUUAUUUGUUGAGAAGACUUGAGUGUUGUCGAAUUAAAAGUGAAGUAGUAUUAUUUAACUAAUAAUUGAUGCGUUAUAUUGUUCUCUAACUCUUUGAUUAGAGAUGAUUGUGUACACCGGUAUCUUUUUUCUUGGGAUAUUAUCUCAAGCCUUUUCCCUUUAUUCUUCAAACUCAGAUGUAAUUGAGUUGAAUGACAGUAAUUUUGAUAAAUUAGUAAAAAACGAUGAAAUAUGGAUUGUGGAAUUUUUCGCUCCCUGGUGUGGACACUGCCAACAAUUUGCAUCUGAAUAUUCCAAAGCUGCCACAGCAUUGAAAGGUAUUGCUAAAGUGGGAGCGGUGAACGCAGAUGACCACAAAAGCGUAGCAGGUAGAUAUGGUGUCAGAGGAUUUCCAACUAUUAAAAUUGUUUAUCAAUCAAAAACUGAAGAUUACAAUGGACCUAGAACAGCACAAGGCCUAGCUGAUGCAGUUGUGAAUGUCAUUAAGAAAAAAAUUAAUGAAAAAUUGGGUGGAGGCAAGUCCUCAGGAGGUUCAUCCGAUGAUGUAAUUGAGUUGACAGACUCAAAUUUCGAUAAGUUGGUUUUGCAGUCUGAUGAUAUUUGGUUAGUGGAAUUCUAUGCACCAUGGUGUGGCCAUUGUAAAAACCUUGCACCUCAUUGGGCUGAAGCUGCUACAAAAUUGAAGGGAAAGGUCAAACUAGGAGCUUUAGAUGCUACCGCUCACCCUAGUAAAGCUAGCGAGUACAAUGUUCAGGGUUACCCCACAAUUAAGUUCUUUCCACCCGGUAAAAAGACCAGAUCAUCUGCUGAGAAUUAUGAAGGUGGCAGAACAAGUUCAGACAUUGUUACAUUCGCCCUUGACAAACUUGCUGAAAAUAUUGAGCCUCCAGAAAUCAAACAGAUUUUAGACGAAAAAACUUUGAAGACAGCUUGCGAAGAUCAUCCUCUGUGUGUCAUUUCUGUCCUUCCUCACAUUCUGGAUUGCCAAGCUGAUUGUAGGAAUGGCUAUUUGAAAAUUUUGAAAGAGAUGGGUGACAAAUUCAAGCAAAAGUUAUGGGGAUGGGUAUGGUCUGAGGCAGGUGCUCAGCCAGAUCUUGAGCAAGCAUUAGAGAUAGGAGGAUUUGGAUACCCAGCUAUGGCCGUCAUUAAUGCAAAGAAGAUGAAAUAUUCUAUACUACGUGGAUCCUUUUCGAGUGAUGGAAUUAAUGAAUUUUUAAGGGAUCUCUCUUACGGACGUGGAAGUACAGGUCCGGUUAAAGGCUCUUCAUUACCUUCAGUCGUAUCAUCAGAACCUUGGGAUGGCAAAGAUGGUGUUCCACCUCAAGAUGAAGACAUUGAUCUCUCUGACGUCCGUUUCGAUGAUGAAUUAUAAAGCGUUCUUUUAGAAUAGGCACCGUGUCCCCUUUUCCAUGCCUGCCUUCCCCUUUUUUGUCUGAGAUGCCCUGAGUGAGCUUAAAGACUGACUUAACUGUAAAGACAUAAGACAUAAUGUGUUAGUUUUUUGUUUGUUGUUAGUCCAAGAAUAUUUGUGAUCUUUCAUGUAAUAAGUUUCUUUAAUAAUGCCGAAAACGAUUUGAGAAUUAUUUUCUCCUAUCUAGUGCCAAAUCAAUUUUUAAUUUGAAUUUAUUUCUUUUGAAAAUAUCAUUAAAUUAUUUUCUUCACGUAUUAUCAAAAUUUCGACUAAUUAAUUGAAUGUCUUAACUUCAUGAAUUAAGUUU